AUGGCGGAGCGGUGGCGGGACGUGUGCGGGGUGCGCAUCGCCCCGGCCGAGCUGCGCUUCAGCGACACGGUGCCGGGGAGCCGCUACCGCGCCGCGCUCACCGUGCAGAACCUGCGGGCAGGCGCCUGCCACCUGCGGCUGCUGCCGCCACACGAGCCCCAGUUUAAAUUGAUUGUGGAAAAUCCAGAAAAACCCAUUGCAUCUGGACUUCAGGUUAAAGCUGUUGUGGAAUAUACUCCCAAGUGUGCAGAAGAUCUUCAGGAUAAACUAACUCUUUUAAUAGAUGAUGACGUAGUUCAUAUCCCUGUGCUUGGAUUGAUUCCAUACUGUGAUCUGGAGAUAGAGUCAGAGGUUAAUUUUGGUGAAAUGACUGCAAACAAUAAACUAGUUACUAAAGAGAUUAGUAUUUCUAACCAUGGAACAAUUUCAGGUGUAUUUAGAAUAUUAUAUGAUGGGGUUGUCCUGCUUAACAUUAAACCUGCCAGAGGAGUUGUAAAGCCAAAAUCUGUAAGGAAAAUUGAAGUGGAUAUCUGCACAGAUGUACCUGGAGCCAUCAAAGAAAUGAUGAAAGUGGAGUUGGAAAGUCGUGGCUGCACUGAAGUUUGGAUCAAAGGUGUUGUGGUUGAACAAGUUCUUAAAGUUCUUGGAGUAAAUUGUGGAAAAGUACUGAAGUGCAUUAACUUUGGACCUCUUUACUUUGGGACUUCAAAGACAGAACAAAUAUAUUUAUACAAUGAAAGCCCUGAGUGUAUGGACUGGGUAGCAGUACUGGAAGACAAUGCCAUUGGAGGAGAGAUGGGGACAGAUCUUCAGGGGACUACAGAUGCUGUUUUACAUGACUUAGGCCUGAAAACUAAAGAUGUAGAUGUUUCCACCAUGAUCUUCUGUGUUCCAAAUCAAGGAACUUUGCAGCCUUAUGAAAAAUCUUUGAUUACACUCUGCUUUAGUCCAAAAAAGUUUGAAAGAGACUUUGAAGUGAAUGAUGCAUCACUGGUUCAAGAUUAUGUCCUGUUUCUGAGAUUUGAAACUGUUGGGAAGAGAGGUAGCUGGCUGCAGAACAUCAGUGGUGGUGCCACAGCAACCACAAGGAGUCAUUCUCAUCACGUGGACUUAGCUUUGACUGGUUCUGGGUUUCCUGUGAUAUUAACUUUUAAGCCAGGAACAGUAAUUAAUUUUGAGGACUGUUAUUUGGGGGAACAAGCACAAGUUGUGUGCACAAUGAAAAAUGAAUCCAAGUUCCUUCCAGUAACGUUCAGAUUCCACAAGACUGCUCACUUCAGUAUUUCUCCUGCAAGAGGAAAACUUAAAAAAAAUUCUGAAAAGGAAGUGAUCAUUUCAUUUUCUCCACAUCAAAUAGGAACAUUUGACAUGAAGCAAAUUAUUGAUAUCAUGGGUACAGGAGUAGAUAAAAAUAAUGUAGCUGUUUUGAAGACAAAACCCUUUCAUCAAAUAUAUUUGACCUUACAUGGUGUGUGCAAAUCUAAACACACAAGCAUUGUAUUCACAGUUAAUCCUGGUCUAACACCCUUGAUUUCCAAUGCAACUGGACAGUUUGUAGUUCGUGGCACAGGACAGCUCAGUGAUACAGCACCUGUGGCAAUCCUUAAAUCAACCCAAACACAAAUACAUACUCAUCGGAAAAACAGGAAUUGUGAGGAUGACGCGCUUAUAGCCUUUCCCAAUGAUCGUGCAGCCAGCCUUAGGCCUAGUGAAUGGAAUAAAAAGUACAGGACUAUUUUCACAAAGACUGAAAGAUAUAAUUACGUAGACCCAGAAUUUGCUUAUACUGACUCUGAACGACUGUUAAGAGAAGAAAAUAAGAAACACUAUGUACACUUCAUUUCUCGUUUAAGACAGCGUCGUUUAGAAAAAAAGGCUGCUAGGCAGUUUUGUAUUUAUAACAAUCCUGUGAGCAUAGGCAUUAAACCAGCUGAAGGUCUUAAGUCACCAAACAUCUCAAUCAAAGAGCUUCCCAUCGAGAAGCCACAGCCCAAAAUGCUUCCUUUAGAUGACAAUGGCAUGUUAACUAGUCGAAAAUUGGCAGCAAUUGUUUCCAAAUCUACAAACGAAGGAGUUUGGAGCUGGUUUAGUCCUAUGCCAUCUUCUGCCCAGGAGAAGGAAGACUGUAGUCGAACUUUGACACACAAACAGCUUCAUCAAGUAUUUAUUGGUCCUUCUACUAUAGAUUUUGGUGAUGUUUGUGUGUAUUCUACAACAACCAAAGAACUGCACAUCAUCAAUAACUUGUCAGUUCAUAUUUGGAUACAAAUUGAGAUUGAAGCUGCAGCAUUGCAGGAGACAUCUCCGUUGUCUCAGGUGGUGCCUCCUCUUACAAAAACUCAUAUUCCAGUUGUGUUUGAGACAAGCACUGUUGGAGUGUUUAAAAGCUGUUUCAGUUACAAAAUAAACAACCAACACAUUGGACAUGUGCUGGUGGUUGCACAUGCAAUGCCUCUUGAACUUCACCUGUCCAAAAGGGAACUGAUUUUGACUCCUAUUCCUGGCUGCCUAGCAGGGACAGAGUUUAGAAGAACUGUCAGGGUAUGCAAUCCCAGAAACCAUCCUGCAAGCUUUACUUGGAAACCUGUAACUGGAGAUAGAAAAUCUGCAUUUACUAUAAAGCCAACCAGAGGGUAUGUGGAGGCCUAUAGUGAUGUGGAGUGUGAAGUUGUUUGGCAUCCAGGGUUCAACGCUCCAGAAACAGGACAAUUCACCUUGUGUGUGCACAAAGGAAAUUCAAUUCACUUGAAAUGUUUUGCAAAGAUUGGUACUACUCAAGUUCAGUUUGUGGCUCAAAGUAUAUCCUUUGCUCACAGUCCAAUUGGUUUCACUACCUGUAAGACAGCCACUCUUCUAAACACAGGAUACAACCAUGCAUACCUCCAAGUUUUUGACUCCAACCCAGUGCCUGGAAUGAAAAUCACACCCACUGAAGGAGUGAUACCUGUGGGAGGCCAUAUUAAUUUCAAAAUCUCUUUCACUCCAAAGGCACACAUGAGUUUUGAUAAAAAAGUGGAGGUAGCAGUGAGGAAUGCAGCAGAACUCACACUUAGGGUCAGUGGAUUUUCAGAGAUCCCUGAAAUAGGCAUUGAUGUGGAAAUACUUGAAUAUCAAGGUGUUCAUUUUGGCACUAAAAGAUCAAUUCCAUUUUUGCUGCAGAACAGAGGACAAUCUUGUACCAGACUGCAGUUUGAUUUUAAUAAGUAUAGCGAUUUUAAAUUGGAUGCUGAAAACAAGUCAGUGAUUGACCAUUGUCGUUCAAAGCCUUAUCUCUAUUCAGUGUACUUAGAGGAAGGGGCAUCUUUGAAAUGCUUCUUGACCUUCACACCAAAAGAGAUGGCAAUAUAUGACUUCAUUCUCCCAAUUGCUGUUCCUUGGGCCUGUUCCCCACCUCCAGUUCCUGACGCGCCUCUGAAGUGCAGUGGCCCCGUGCCUCUGCCACCCCCAGUGAUCCCAGCUCUGCCCAUCUGUAAAGUCAGAGCUACAGUACUUCAACCAUUCUUGGAGUUCUCCUCAAUGGAAUUGAAAUUUGAACUACAUUCGAGUAACAUGCAUUCCAGUACUGCUGAUGGGAGCAUGAAUUCUCAGAACCUUGUCCUGAAGUGUUUCUCAGAAAAGUCUGUAACAUGGAAAUUGAAUUUUGAUGAAGCAGACAAAAAUAUAGAAGAUGGUAUUUUCAGAUUUAGUCUGAAGAGUGGAUGUCUUCAUGAAAAAGAAGAAGUCAGUAUUUCUGUGUCCUUCUGGCCUCCUUAUCCUGGGACAUACACAUCUGAAAUACCCAUGUAUCUAAAUGAUACAUCACGAUCCAUUCUAACAUUAUCUGGCACGCUGAGGUCACCAGAAAUAGAUUUUCAUCCCCCCUUUUUAAUGUUGAUGCCAGUUCCUCUGGGUGUGGAAACUGAAGGAGUCAUCACUAUCAUUCCACGGGAUUUUAUAAGGCAAUCACGAAUUAGAGUUAGACUUCCUGAGCUUGAACUUGCAGAUGGUACCAGGACUUGCCCUUUUUCUGUGCAGUUCCCAGAGGGACAAAAUAUUGUUCUUUCAUCAGAUGGCACAAAUAAUGAACUGACCUGCCAUGUCAGCUUCAGAUCAUCUAAGCCAAUAUCAUUUUUAGGGGAAAUGCUCUUCAUCGAUCAAGAAGACAACAGGUUCUCAUUUCAGGUUGCUGGAACAGCAGACAAUUGUCUUCUCACUUUAUACCCAUACCUGGCAUUGCACUGCUCUGAUCAAAAAAUUAUCUGGAAAAGCAACAAUAAAGACUUCAGCACUGGAGAAGUUGUUUUACAGCCAUGUUUUACACCACCAUCACCUUCUCAUAGCUAUUCCACAAGUUCUUUAGGUGCAGAUAGUGGCUCAACCCGUGAAGAUUCUCAAUCAGAGAGUACCACUGAUGAAAGUGAGAGUGAUGCAUAUGAAAGUGAAGAGGACGAAGAAAAAAAUGAAGAGAGUGAACCUCACUGUGAAAAUGAUGGGAAAGGAAAUAAGCGUGAAUUAUCAUUUUUUCCUGAUGAAGAUAAGGAGGAGUACCUCUUCUUUCAAAAGACCCUAAAUGCUGUCAAGAGUUGGUUCACACUCUUUGGCUGGUCUAAGGGACAAAAUCCCAUUUCAAUACCUUAUUCAUUGAGAUGUGAUGUGUGCAUAGUCCAGCUAACUCUUGCACAAGAAAAUACUUUUAAAUGGAAGUUUGACAAAGAUAAGUAUUUUUAUGAUAUGCUCUUGAAUCUGAAUGGACAACCAAUACGAGGCAUUGCUGCAAGCCAGUCAUUGCCCCAUGAUCCAGUAGAAAGAACGUUCCAACUCCACUGGCAGCAUUCUGAAUUGCUCGCCUUCCUUAAAAGCAAAGGAGCAUAUCUUUCUCAUGUUAUGCCAGAAUUUCUGCUUGCACCUGAAGAUUACGAGAUAUGGACUGAAGUGAAUACUGGACUAAGGUGUUUUGUACCUGAAGUGAAGAGAGGAAGCAUGAGAAGCUCGGGCAAGUUAAGUGGCAGGCGUAUUUUUGUUCUGGACAGCAGAACGUUUGAGACAAUGAGCAAACGAGCUUGGACAGAUGUGCUGCUGCAGAUGUACAAGGUGUUUGUUCUUCCACGCGUUUCUUCCCGUAUUGUUCCUGACCCGUCGAGCUUGGAAAGCUUGCAGAACAUGCCAGGAAUAAAACCAGAACCUUUAUGCAGUAAUAUAUAUUCUCGAUAUGAACGAACCAUCCUCAUCUGGUUGAAUAAACAUUAUGAGAAAAAUCGAAAAAUUGUGUGGAAAGAUAGUCAAAGAGGUGGAAUACCACCCAUGAGAUGGGUAGUGAAUUUUGACAAAGAUCUUCUGGAUGGUCUGGUGUUGGCAGCACAGAUGGCAGCUUAUUGUCCAUAUUUGAUUCCCACUCACUUCAUAAAAAUGUAUACUAAUCCAAGAACUCAUGAACAGUUUAUGCACAACUCCUUGAUACUUGUGAAGGCUCUGCGUGCUAUCAGUCUGGAUAUGGACAUAAAGGCUACUGAUAUCUGUGAUCCGAAUCCUGUCAUGAUGCUUAUUUUGUGUGUCCACCUGUAUGACUCUCUGCCUCACUACUUACCCAAUAACACUAUAGAAUUUGCAGGUGCUCUCCAUGCAACUAUUGUGAAGCAGGUGCACCUGAAGAACCCGAGCAAGUACCAUUUGGCCUACAGCGCUAUUCUUGUGGGAAGAGAUGCUGAGGAUUUCUCUUUACCUAAAGGAAACACUGUUACCAUUCCUUCUAUGAGACAAGGCUUUUUAAAUGUGGAAUUCACAAUUCGUUUCCUGCACCCUGCUGAAGCAGUAUUGCUACUGGUCUCAAAUAAAGUUGAUAAAACAGAUGGUGCCACACUGACAUUCUCUCUGAAAUCUGAAGUUACGAGUAUUGAGCCUCUUGGUAUGAUAAAGUGCAGAUCCCCAUGUUAUGAGCUGAAGAAAUUUAACCUAAAUGUUACCAAUCCCUUCAGAACUGAUGGCAUAUUCAGGGUAAUCUUGCUGGAAUCCACACAUUUGCUCCACCCAGAGAAAGUGUAUCAAGCCAGGCAAGUAAAGCAAGAGCAAAAGUUUAGUUCUGAAAAUACCAUAUUAAAUUCAAAAAAUGGUGGACUGCUUGAAGAUUCAAAGAAAGAGACUUCCUCUGAUCAAUCUGGCCUCCUGCAUGAGUUCUUCAGUCCAAUGGAAAAACUGUUCUUGAAAGGGAAAGGGUCUGCAGCCUUAGAUAUUCACUUCCUUCCCUUUCAUCAGGAAAAGCGUUACUGCACUGUCAUUCUGGUUAAUGAAAAGAUUGGAGAGUUUGUAUACCUGAUUGAGGGAACAGGUGAUUUACCUCUGCCUUCAGAAUUGCCUGCCUUGGAUAAUCCAAAUGUUUUGCAGGCUACCUCAGAAGAUGCAAGCACAGCACAGCCAGUUUUAUAUUUGAAAUGUGGACUUGGUCAGACUCUGGAGGAGAAUCUGAGGAUUCCAUUGAUCAAUGAGUCAAGAGAGAGGGCCCUGGCUCUCGCUGCACAGCAGCAGAUGUCAUCUGUUGAGUAUGAAAGGAGAUCGAUGACUGGGACUCUGCAGAGCAGCAGCGUUCGUGUUGCAACUGCAUUGCUGGGGCUGUCCAGAGUGGAGAGACAUGCACUUCUGAAACCUCGCAGGCACCCCCCCGAGCUGAAGUACGUGCAUUACAGUGUAGAAGUGAGCAUAAAACACCUCUUUGAAGUUCCUAAAAAGUUCUCUAUUCCGGUGUUAUCUUCAGCCAGACUUAAUUUGAACACUUCAUCAGCCUCAUGCCCUGCAUCUCAGAAAACAGGUGGAAGUGAUACAGUUGAGUUUCCUAUAAAAUUCACUCCUAAGAGAGCUGGUUGCUACCACUGUCAGAUUCUUCUGAAGUCAUCCUGUGAUAUUCGUGUCUAUGAGAUUGAAUGUGUGGUGAAUGCAGAGCAGGCUGAUGCACAGCUCGAAUUUCUAACUCCAGCUUACCAGACAGUGACUCAGGAAAUUCCAAUUAGUAACAUAUCCAGUGCGGACUGGAGGUUUGAAGCAGUUUUGGAAGGACAGUGUUUUCAUGGCCCUCGUGUAAUAAAUGUGCCCGUAGGUGGAACAGUUCCAUAUCCAAUCACGUUCAAGCCGGUUGCUGAGUGUGUAAUAAUGGGAAGGCUUAUUCUGAGAAAUGUUACAGCUGGAACUCAGAACAUCUUUAGUCUUAAGGGAAUAGGGAAGAAACCUCUGCCUCAGGAUUCCAUUGUGGUAGAGUGCCAAGUGGGAAAAGUCGCUCAUAAAAUCUUAUGGGUGCACAAUUAUACCAAGAAGAUGCUAAAAUACAAGGUGUAUUCCAAUCUCUCAAUGCUGAGUGGUGCCCCUGAUAUAACUGUCAACCCAGAGGACACUGCUGCUUACACUUUGAGCAUAUCUCCCUGCAGACGAGGAGUCUUUCAAGGUGUAAUUUCAUUUGUUGCUCAAGAUGAAGACCAGCAGCAGCCUCAAGGCAGCAGCUCACCACAGAGGACAUAUGGUAAAAAGGCCCUUCAGAAAAAGCCAGCGAGGAUUCCACCAGCUCUUGAUGCAGAUAACAUUGAAGGAAGUUCUACAAAUUGCAAAGUGUGGUUCUCCUUGAAGAUUUACAGCACACCUGCAGCAGCGGAAAGAACGAUAGAUGUGGACUGCAGAGCUCUGGAUACUGUUGGAAUUAAUAUUCCCAUCACUAAUCCUACCAAUAAAGUUCUCAAGAUGAGUGUGCUGCUGGACCAUCCAUCCCUAUUUGGAGAAAAGUCUUUCAUUCUCAAGCCCAAACAAACAUUUUCAUAUCACCUACAGUUUUCUGCCGCUGCUCUUGGCUCUUUUGCUGGAAGUGUCAUGUUCCAGUCAGAUAUGAUUGGAGAAUUUUGGUAUGCCCUGAAGUUCAAUGUAGAGAAGCCAUCGCCAGCCGGGCUGCCUGAUAUAGGAUGUGAGCUUGGAAAAUGGGCUUACAUACACAUACCUCUUGCUAAUCCUACUCAUGAAACUCUGGUGCUACAAAUGGUUAACAGUGAUCCCAGCCAUUUCGCAGUUGAGACUGACCCAAAACAACCUCUGAUGAUUCCUCCUCAUUCCACCACUCAGCUGCCUGUGAGAUUCUGUCCCUCUGCCCUUGGAAGACGCAAUCACAAGGCAACAAUAACCUUCAAAUGCCCAAAGUUUGGAGAGCGGAUAUUCCACCUGACGGGGUCUGGGGUUCCUCCUGAGCACAUGGAAACCACCACCAUAAGUGCCUGCAUUGGAAAGUACUCUUCUGCCAUCAUAUCCUUCAAAAAUCCAACUGCUGAGAAUGUGGUAGUAGAUAUCGUGCUGGCAGAUCAGGGGCUGUUGAAUCAGCAUCUGAGUGCAUCUGUCCUGUCCCAGGCCACGUAUGAGGAAUCUGUUUUUCAACUUCUGGUUAAACAGCCACAAGGAAUCCAUUUAGCUCCAAAAGAAAAACUGGAAAUCCCUGUGUUAUUCAUGCCAGCUGAAAUGAAAAUGUAUAAAGCAGUGGUAGUAAUUCAUGUAAUGAGGGAAGACGGUGAGAACUGGCCUUAUGCUGAAUCAAAUACAGAUUUAAACAGAAAUGUUAUUGUAGCAGAGAAUGGGGAAACUCGGGGAAUACUCUGGAUCUAUCCCAUUAGUGGAACAUCUGAAGCACCACAGCAGAAAUCAGUUGUGUUACGCUGUCAAGCCAGGCAGAGGCUGGAGCAGAGAGUAGAGCUGCUGCUGAUUGGUGUCAUGCCUGGUGCCACUGCUCUGCCUGAUGCAGGGAACUCUGCCGUGGUCGACACGGAAGAGUCGUCCAACACCCCAGAAGUCGCUGAUGGUUCCUCUUCAACACUGGAGUUUCUGUAUGAAUUGCAAUAUCAAUCAGAUGAAAUUAGAUCUCAGCUUGAAUCUUUGAUUGGUAUGGAGCUGGUUGAAAAAGAAUGGGAUACAGUAUCCAGAAUUGUAACACUGAUCUUUAAUGUAGUGUUUGCACCUAGCAAACCAAUGAGGAAUGAGGCAACUGUUGUAAUUCAGUGUAAUGCAGGAGGCCUUUGGAAGUUUCCAUUGGUGUUCAUUGCCACAGAGCCAGAAGUGGAUGACGUGAUCAACAUUGAAGCAGUUGGCCUGAAUAAGGAAUCCAUAGUUAGCUUUAAGCUCACAAGCCAGACAAGGUACCCAGAGCCAUUCACUGCACAUUUCCUGGCGGGCAGUGAUCCUGAUUUCCAUGUGAUGCCACAAGCUGGAGAGCUUCUCCCAGCAGGCACUGUGGGAACCCACAUAACAGUGGGAUACAAGCCAAGGAUGUAUGGCAAGAAGCACACAGCAACACUGGUCAUCGAGACACAAUCAAUGCAGUGGACAUAUGUAAUCAAUGGACUUCCUCCACAGACUGUACCACCUACAGUGGCAGCAAAAGUAGUUUGCACCAGCAGCUACACAGGAUCAUUCACCGUCCGACAGCGCAAUUUUAUACGUGAAAAUCUGAAACUUAUAACCACUGGAGCAUCCUCACCAAUCAAAGGAACACCUUUAGUCCUUAGGAAUAAACAGAGAAAGUUAUAAUCUGUUCAUUUUUAGUGAGAGAACAAAUAAAUUCUGAAGAUAAAAAGUAAAUAUGGUUUAUUAAAUUUUUUUGAACAGAUAUGGUAUGCAUAGAUUAUAUGUUCUGUAUGGAAGAUUCAGAGCACCUCAACCCUAGUAAUAUUCCUGUUUUUCUAUAAGGGAUUUUGGUAUCUAACAGUUUAUUUAUGUCAUGCAGAUGUCAGCAAGUUCAGAGAAAAAGCUUUAAUUAAAAAAAAAAAUAUAUAUCUGAAGAUUGGGUAACUCAGACUAAUGCCUUGCUUUCUAGAGGAUGUUGGUUUAAUAAGACUCUAAUAGGAAGUUUCAAUGAACAUUGUGUGUGAUGUUCAGCACAUCACACCCAUGCAAAACAAGCAAGAAAAAACAAUCCCUGUUCUCUUCCACAAGAAAAUCCUUACCUUUUCUUGCUUUGGCAAAUUUCAUUAAUUAGGACAUCUUUGCUGCAUAUAAAAUAACGAUCUUGUUUUAUUCAUCCCAUAACAUUUCAAAUCUUUGAUAAAUAUACAUAGCACAGAAGUGAAAUAAAAUGUCCUGCUGCAGUAAUUUUAUGUCAGGUAUAUUUUAUAGAGUGCUUCAGAAUAUUAACAUAUAGAAAGUUAUGAGAAUUCAGUGAGGAAUGAAGACAGAUUUUCCUUUUUUUCCUAGAAUAAACAAAUCAGAGGUGCUGUUCCUAGUGUGUUUGUAUUUCCAUUCUUUAGAUGGGAAUUCAGGCUUUCUCUGCUCUUCAUAUAAUGUGGAAAGUUAGGUCUAUGCAGACAUGCUUUGUAAGAUCAUUGGAUGGGUAACUCCUGACUCCUUUCUUCAUUGAGAUAAUUUUUCCUGAUUUUACUAACAGAACAUAAAUUGUAUUUGUGUCUUUAUUUUGAUAGCGAAAUGUACUUUGACAAAAAGAUGGCUUGGCACAGACUAAGUGCCUUCUUGGCUCCAAUACAGAAUGAGCAUCACUACUCAGGAAUGGGGAGUCUGAGAACAACCUAUGUAGGUCAGUGCAAAUGAGCACCAAUAAAACCCUUUUACUGCAAUGUGCUUGAGGAUUUUGUUUAUGCCGCACAUUUUUAGAGAAGCAAUUACAGAAAAUGUUGGGAACACAUAAAACAGCAAUGGUGCUGUUUAAUACCUCUUCUAAAUGCAGGGUGCCCCAUUUUGGUCAGAAACCAGGUAAUCUGAAGUGAGAAUAAAAUCAGCUUUAUAAAUUCAAUGUACAACACUGGAAAGAUACUGUCCAUAUUGAUAUCUUUAGAAGACACUGAGAAAGAAGCUGUUGUAAUAUUUACCUUAAAUGCUGCUGAGACACAAAUGCAGCUGGAUUUCAUAGGAAGGCUCUAUCUGCAUAUAUGAAUGAAGCAAGUGUUUAUCUGACUGUAAGAAAGCAGAAUUUAUGGAUCAGUAAUGGUUUCACAACUAAUGAUUGGUGUUCAGGAAAAAUUUAAUUGACUAUCUUUUUGUAAGAGCAUUUUUAUCCUUGAUUCACUCCUUUAAAGUUAUGCUUUCCUAUUUAAAAUGGCACUUCUUGCAAGAUGCACAAAAUUUUCUAAUUCUCUCAGAAAUGGAUUAGCAGGUAGCGUAGAGGUGAAUCAUCUAAAAAUUACAUGGUGCUCACUCCAGAAAUGUUAUGCCCGAUUUACUUGCCUGCACUUGCUGUUAUAUGUAUUAGAUUUCAAAUUCUGUCAUACAUCUAAACAUUUUAAACAUCCAUGGGUAAAUGUGCAAUAAAAUAGUACCAGAGGGGUGUUUGCAAAGGAACCAUUUAUAUUACCUGUUUUAAAAGGGAUGAAUGCAUAAUCUGUUCUUGCGGGACAAAAUUAUGGUUUUUUUUCAAUGUGUACAAGGUCACUUCUGAGCUAUGCAAUAUAGGCCAUUGUCAGGAUUUGGAAGUAAUAUUAAAAAUGUAUUUUUCUAGUUUCUUAUCAUUUAAACAGAUCUAAGCAUAUUUCUUCUGCUAUUAAGAAUACACUUGCAAAGAUGAUUUAAAGAAAGACCAUUUUAGCUAUGUGGUUGUAACUUACAUAGUGUUUUAGGUAAUAUCUGCAUGCAUCUAUGGAUUACAGUGACUAUAUAAACUGUUAAAAAUAAAUUCA